UUCUUCCUCCAUUUCUGGCGCCCUUAGUAUUUGCCUAUACUGACUAUGGCGCUGACGGCUCCUUACAGUAGGAACAAGCCCUAUAAGGACAUGGGGGAGGGGCUCCGGUCAUGGUGCGCAGGGCUGAGUCUUAUAAAAGCAGCUGUGGUGAAGAAAGUAUUCUGUGAAACCAAGACUCAGACUAGACUGACAACAUGAUGCUGCUGCAGCCUCUCUGGACCUUCCUCCUGGGACACUCGUCCCUCCUGCUCUCCCCAUUCUUCCCCAUCCUCUUCUCCAUUUCUGUCUACCUGUUCUUCUGCCUGCCCUUCCUGCUGCUGGAAGUGCUGUCCUCCAGGUGGGCCCUGGUGCGCAGGUACAAGCUGCAUCCUCAGAGCUCUGUCAGCUGGUCCUCAGUGCGGAGCUGUUUGGCUCUGACUCUCUACAACCAUCUGGUCUUCAUCUUCCCACUCACUGUGAUCCACUGGUACCUGAGGUCGGUCCACCUGCCCACACAGGCCCCGACCCUCCCCUGCCUGCUGGCUCAGGUGCUGGUCUGCCUCCUGUUCUUCGACUUUCAGAGCUUCAUCUGGCACCUGGUGCACCACAAGGUGCCCUGGCUCUACUGCAACGUCCACAAGGUGCACCAUACCUACACCACCACCUCUGCCCUCACCACUGAGUACACAGGAGCCUGGGAGACUCUCAGCCUGGGCUUCUUCGCCGCCAUCAACCCCUUCCUGCUGGGCUGCCACCCACUCACGGAGCUGGCCUUCUUCGUGGUGAACAUCUGGCUGUCGGUGGAGGACCACUGUGGCUUCAACCUGCCCUGGGCCACCCACCGUCUGGUGCCUCUGGGGCUGUACGGCGGGGCCCGCCAUCAUGACCUCCAUCACCUCAUGUCCAAGUGCAACUAUGCCCCCUACUUCACCCACUGGGACCGGCUGGCCGGUAUACUGCACACAGAAUAAAGACAGUGUGUGGACUGAUGGAGAAGUUUCUGCACUGAUCGAAGUGUUUAUAAACUGGCUGAGAGAUGUUUCUGAAUUGCAUGGUUUCUGAACUGGCGGAGGUUUCUGAUCGGACGGAGAACUUCAUCUAAUGGUUGUGAACUGAUGAAGAGUCAAAGAACACAUCUAAAGCUUUGGUUUCUGGACCGGUUGAGAUGUUUUUUAACAUCGACGCUGCUGUGCUGUUCAGUUGCCUUCACCUCAAAUCCUUAAGACUGAUAUAUAAUGCAAGAUGCUAUAUUUUUACACACUUUAUAUUUUUUUAUUUAUGUAUUUAUUGACUCCUUAACUUAAAGAAAUAGAGUGAAGUUAAUUUCAAUGCAGAUUAAACUGUUUGAAGAAAAAUGAUGUGUUGAAACCAGACUAUAUUCUAUGUACAUCUUCACUUAAGCUAAUGUAUGGACAAGCUAAUGUUACAUAAAGAUUGUUUUAGUUGGAUGAGAAGAUUCAAAAAGUGACUGAUGUAUUUAAGAUGGACUGUACAGAGCGAAAUGAAUGAAUGAAGGAAAGUGUCGACUGUGAAGGGAAGCUGGUUUGGAGGAUGAGUUGUGGGCAUUGGAAAAAGAAGUGCUUUAGAUGAAUGUUUCUUUUGGAAUAAAAUAAAAAUCCAGAAGGAUUUUGGAUAUAAAUGUGAUUGAAAAUGUGAACAAUACAAAAAACUGCAUUUUCGUAAAGUGAAGGUUUGUGUGUCAUUCAGAUCUGACAAACUUUAAUGAAUAAAAACAAAAAUG